AUGAACCUUGUUAACGUGGGCUUCCUAAUCAAACAUCGACUGAAGGGUUACAUAUCUGGAAAACUUGAAGUCAAUUUAGUUAUAUGUUCUGCCAUUGUUUUUGUUGUUCAGACUGGAUUAGGCAUUGGGCAGGUAAGAAUUGAAAUUUAGCUGAAAAUAAAAAAAAACAGCAAGAACUUUCUUUCCAAUACAAAAAAUGGCAAGAACUUUCUUUAAAAAUGUCAUUUCAGUACAUUUUCGAAUCCGGUUUAGUUGAUAUCUUUAUCACGUUGAGAUUCAUCGUUCCACCAACAGUUCACAUGCAGUUUUUGCUACCAGCUCUUAUCAUCGUUUGUUCAAUUGGUCCAUUGAGACAAGCUGCUUUUAAGCCUUUCCAACGAAUGCCAAGUGACAUGUUUAGGACCUUUGCUUCUAGGUAUAGGUUUUGAUAAAUUUGUAUGGUAGGGUAGAGUAAGGUAGAGUAGGGUAGAGUAGGGUAGGGUAGGGUAGGGUAGGGUAGGAUAGGGUAGGGUAGGGUAGGGUAGGGUAGGGUAGGGUAGGGUAGGGUAGGGUAGGGUAGGGUAGGGUAGGGUAGGGUAGGGUAGGGUAGGGUAGGGUAGGGUAGGGUAGGGUAGGGUAGGGUAGGGUAGGGUAGGGUAGGGUAGGGUAGAGUAGGGUACGGUAGGGUAGGGUAGGGUAGGGUAGGGAGAUCUAAAAAUACGUUUUUAUUUUUUCAGUACAAGCACGCCAGUUGAGCACAUUGACAAAAUGAUGAGUCCAUCUUCUACAAAAUAG